GAAGGAUCGAAUUUCGAAAGGGUGGACUACUUUUUAACGGCGCACGCUCGCCGUGGUGGGGGUAGAUGGCGCGCACGGGCACGCGGAGGCAGCGCUUCGAGCACGUAGGUCAAGUUACGAUAGGACCGCGCGCAUACAGUUCGCGGGGAGCGCUCGUGUAGUGCGCGUUGUUGUCCCGUGUUCCUCUAGAUGAUCGAUCACGUGGGAAGCAGAGCGGCGGUUGGUUUACGCGAUACGGUGGCGGCGAUCGAGCUCGAUCGAGGGGUGCUAUUAGAUAAUAAUAAAUGUGUCGGGCUCCGUGAUGGACAACCCUAGCGGCGGAAGGGACGGUCGUUACGCGAGUCUCGGCUACGGCAUGGGGAUGAUCGGUAGCGACGGUGCCACGGAAAUGUACGGGCGACCGUCCACCUCCCAACUCGGUGCUGCUGCUGCUGCCGCCGCCGCUGCAGCCGCUGCUGCUUCUCAGUUGGGCCAACGUGGUGGCGCCACCAUGAUGCCCGGGGGCGGCCCGACGCCCGGCGUCGCCACGGUCCAGAGCAGAGGCAUCAAGAGGACGACGUCGGAUGUUUGUUAUACCGACGACACUAACGCCAGGCAGCAGGCACUUUCCCAACAGCAGCAGCAGCAGCAGCAGCAACAACAACAACAGCAGCAGCAGCAGCAACAGGGCAUGACAAUGUCCGAUUGUGUCGCCGAGAAUCUCGAUGAGUCCUUCACGAAUCUCGGACAGCCGAAGAAGUCGCCACCCUCUAAUGGAAAGAAGACCAAGGGUAGAGUCAAGAUUAAAAUGGAGUACAUCGAUAACAAGCUAAGAAGGUACACCACAUUCUCCAAGAGGAAGACCGGUAUCAUGAAGAAGGCGUACGAGCUGUCGACGUUGACCGGUACGCAAGUGAUGCUAUUGGUAGCGAGCGAGACCGGUCACGUGUACACGUUUGCGACGCGCAAACUGCAACCGAUGAUAACGAGCGAAGCUGGGAAAGCGUUGAUCCAGACGUGCCUGAACAGUCCCGAUCCACCGCCUUCCGGUUCCUCGGGAGAUCAACGGAUGUCGGCGACCGGGUUCGAGGAGACCGAGUUAACCUACAACAUCGGCGACGAGGAGCAGAAAGAAGACGGAACGUCGCCUAGAUCGGAUGUCUGCGCAAACGAGAGCGACGGUGAUACGAGCGACGGCGAUUCACCGGUUUCGAAGGAUCUCGCAAAGAAUCAUUCGGGAAAUAUACCUUCGUUCUCCGCUGGAAUCAUGUACCAGAUGCCACAAAGUGUCAUUUAUUCGCCCAGUCCGGGUGUUUUACUCGGUAUUGGACAAAACGGCCAGCCCGUACAAAUUUCACAAGACGGAGGUACGACAACAUCGGUUAAUUCAUCACAAGGAAAUCAACCGUUCAUCACGAUACCGCUGAACGUGGCGAUGAGUGCCGCUGGUCUCUCGUUGCCGGUAUCCUCGAGAACGAGCUUGUCAUCUCCGUCACCGAGAUCACCGAUUUCAGGGUCAGCAUCUUCAGUUGCAUGCGAGUUGCCCUCCGACCUCAGCAAGGACAGAGAGUGACAAAGACGAAACGUAACCGGUGAUGCUCAUAUUCGAGUCUCGCUGUGUCGUAAACCGUCGGAAAACUUUCCGAAGGAAUCUCGAUUCGAGUCUCGAAGACGGAAGGAAAAGAAAAUUCGUGAAGAAAAGAAGAAAAAGAAGAAGAUAACGAUGGAUUAAGGAAAAACAAAGAAGAGGAAGGCUCGAAGAAAAACGAAACGAAAGAAAUAUCGACAAGAAUGAUCAUGGAUCUUAAAAAUGGCGGCAUGAUCAUGAAGGAACUGAAGAAGAAAUGAAAAGCCGACAAAAUUUAGACUAUACAAACGAGGCCCCGGCUCUUCUUCCCUCAAGUUUUUCGCGAUUAAAAACGGACUAAACGUGACAAGUGAGUCUCUCUUUCUCUCUCUUUCUCUCUUGUCUUUUUUUUCUUUUUUUUUAUCGCUGUGUCUCCCUUUCUUUCUCUCUCUUUCACGCUCUCGCUCCCUCAUUCACUCACUCACUCUGUCUUUCUCUUUUCCGCCAUACAUCGAUUUUCUUUCAUCUCGGAGAUCGUCGAAGAAAGAUAAUUCUUUGAUUAUUGUGUCCCUUCGUUCGAGUCUUGGAUGAGUUAUCGCAAGUAGGUCGAUCGUGACACCACUGACGACAACAACGACGAUAACGACGACAACGAUGAUGACAGACGCGCGAAAGCCGCAUACUUUUCUUACGUCCCGAUAUAACUGUUUGAGAUGCGACCAGUCAAAGGCAUGCGACUUUUGAGUCCGGAUCAAAAGAACGAAAAGUAAUAAGGGGGUCGAGAAACUUUUGAUUCGAAUGGAUGUACAUACAUAAAUCUCAAAUUUUAUUGAUCAAUAAUUAAUUUCCCUGAAAUUUUCAGGGGAAGAGAUUAAAAUAUAAUCAAUCGUUGAUUUUUGUAUUCGCGUGAGUUUAUUUCUAAACAUCAUUGAUCGAGUAUACGAAUUUUCAAAUGCCAAUGAAAAUAUUAAAGAAAUCCAAUUGUACUAUCGAUUUGAUACGAUAUAUCGAUAUUGAUUUUGCGACAUAAAUCGGAUAAAUCUGGGAAUAAUAAAACAGAUACGUUCGUAAAAAAAUUCAUUUUAAAUUCAUUAAUGAGAUAUAGUUUGCAUCAAAUGUGAUAUGGAAAAAUAACUGAAACAUUUCCUUCGGAAUACUUUAAUUUAUACACCAUAUGACGAGAUCUAUCGGACAAUAUUAUUUCAAUUCGUAUUCGAGAAAAGAAAUUUAUUUUUGUUGAAAAGUGAGUUAUUAAAUUUCGUAUCUCCAUGAGCAAUCGAUCCUAGGUUCUUCGUAAAAUAAUCUUUCGAAGUCGAUAAAAAUCUUUUGAAGAAACGAAUGAACUAUUGAAUUAAUAAUAAUUAAUUACCGAUUGUUCGUUCAUUAGAAAAAAUUUUUAAUUCUUUACGAUGACGAUCAAUAGAGGAAUGAUCUUCUUCUGCAAAAAAAAAAAGUAAAUGCUAUAAUACUCAAAUCAUUUUGUACAACAAUUUGAUUUAUCUUUUUUUUUUAUAUUUAUCAAGAUCCAAUUGAUCUUAUAACAAUAGCAAUCCGAUUUAAUUCUCCAUUACUGUUUUCCUUCUCGGCAGUCUUUAUAAGUUCCUAUUUAUCGUUUACCUUAGCGAUGAGAAGAUCUUCGAAGCUUUAAAAAAUGUCGACGAUCCGAAUGUAAGUACUUUUUUAUAGACCAGUUUUUUUUUUAUUUAUUUAUUUUUUUUCACCCAAUCAUCAAUAGCAAUAAAUUCUUUUAUAUAUUAGGACACUCAAUUACUUAAAAAGAAAACAAGAGCAGAAAUGGAAGAAAGUGCAAUUGAUAAGUAAUUUGUUUGCGUUUUUACGGUCAUGCGUAGUCUUCUUAGAUUAUCAAUAAACAAUAAACAAUACAAUCUUAAUGUUAGCGAUCAAUAUUACCUAAAAAAUUUUAAUCCGUCAGCUGAAAUGUAACUGACUCGAUCGAGUCCGAUACGUCGAUAGUGAUACGCUCGAAUUAACAAGAUAGAACAACGAUCACGCCUUGGUGAGAUCGAUUAAUUAAGAUCAAUUGAGAAAGAUCGUGGAGUGUCAUAUCGAACACCUUGUUUAAACUUCAUUAGCUCGACCGAUCGAGAGGGCUCUGUGCCCUAUACGACAGAUCCAACUCGUGACUCGAUAAAAAGUGCGUGAAAAUGGACGAUUCAUUGAUUUUAUGUUUCAGGACUUUCUGAAAAUAAUACUACAGGGUUACGGUAUAAUCGUUCAAACAACGUAUCUGCAAUUAUUCGAUUCCCAAAUACGCACUGCCAAUUACGAGACUGACACUAUACAUGAUUUCUUAUUGAUGUUGCAACGAUCCUGCGAGAAGAAAGUUGGAUUUUUGAAGGUGGAUCACGAAGAUCGAUCCCAUCCGAAAAAUGUCUAUAUUGAAUAGAUCUUGAUCUCGAAUAGAAAGAAAUUUUGGAAUAGUGAAUCUUAGCAACGUGCGAAAAAAUAAUGUAUAUUCUAUGAAAUUAGGACAAUUUCAAAUAUCUUUCUUCUCGAUCUUUCCUCGAUAUUAAUACGAAUAUCAAAAAUACAAAGAUCGAUGAAGUUAUAUCUGACAAAUUAUACUCUUUCCUCAUCAACUAUCGAUUUAGAAAAUGAAAUUGUGAAUUCGUAUUCAUAUCUAAUCGUGCUCAUUUAAUCGACAUAACAUUUGACAUAAUGCAAUGUAGACUCGCCGAAAAGAGAAAGCAGAUUAUAUAUAUAAACAUAAUUUUAUAUUAUUUUAUAUAGAAUCUUGUCACGAAGUAUGUCAAAUUCAUAAAUAUGAGAAAUAUGGAACGAAGAGUCUUCGUUAAUUUUUGUUAAGGAUAAAUUCGAUGUUUCGAUCUAAUAUUUGAUAUACGAAAGUGAGAUGUGACGUUGAAAUCUAGAUGGGACCGAUGAAAUGAUUAAUCUAUAAAAUCGAUGAUAUUAAUAACGAUUAAUAAUGGUGCUUUCGUCAAAGACCUAUCGAUAAUAAGGAAGAAGAUGAUAUUAUUAAGAAGACCUUGAAGAAAUGGGAAUCGUUGGGUCUUGGACGAUCUUAAUGGUGAUAUAAUAUAUUUGGAUUAUUGCACAUAAAAUAAUAAGACAUGCAACAUCUCAAAUAGCCGAUUUAAAAAAAAUUGAACGAUGUGAUUAUGUUAAAAUAAAUAACGAAAAUAUGAGCAUUUUUAUGGACGUAUGUCGAAAUAAAUUUACCUUUUUUUUUUUUCUUUUAUUCGUGAUUUAGUCAUUUAAUAAUAUUAUUAUUUUUUUAAUUUCGUUUUAUUACAUUUGUACGUAUCUUUAUGUAUGCACGUUAAAAGAAAUCUCGUUAUUAGAAGCGGCUAGCAAUAGAUUUAUUCAGAUAUAAAAAAGAAGAAGAAGAAGAAGAAAGGAAUAUCUGUGUACGUGUGUCGUUCAAUACGAAGUACUAGUCAAAACGGCUAGAUUUAGCCUAGUAACGUGCAAUAACGUUGUGAUUAUACAAAAUUUUUAUUGUAUUAAAAUAAUGGUACAUUUUUGAUAGCGCCGAAACUUUACAGAGAAAUAAAUGAUAAAAACAUCGUUUUAUUAACUUUCACAUAUGAAAUUUAUGAAUUAACGAACGAUAUUUAUGUUCGAUUAAAAAAAAAAAAAGAAGAAAAAAAGAAUCAAGAAUUCUUAGAAAACUUUGCGAUUUAUGUAAAAGCUUAUUUUUAUAAACUAAUGUGAAUAUAUUAGAAGGAAAUAAAGGAUCGAAGAAUUGACGGUAAGUUGUACCGUUUUACUUUACAGACCGUACAGAUUUUACGCCUAAACCCGACAAGAUGGAGUUCACAAAAGAAGUAUCAAUUAUUCGUUUUUUUCAUAUCGCUGAUCCUUUUGAACAUCAUGUUAUUUUAUAAUCAAUAAUUCUUUAAAAAGCGUACAUUUUUUUUGCUACUGAUCUGUUUGCAAUAGAAAAUAUCUUAAUCUCUUAACGAUAUUUAAUCGUUCGAUUAUUUCAGUCAUUCUUACAGAAAUUAAAAUUGCACAUUGUUUCUAAUUUUCUUAAUCAAUUUGCAUUGAUUAAAUAAUUUUAUGUUCAGACAAUCUUUUUUUUAUAGACUAAUUUAUGCAAGUAAAAUGUUCUAUAGAUAAUAUAAAGAUCAACAUAUUACAUGUAGAAUCAAUAUGAGUCUUUCCACAUACAUUCGUAAUAUUAUAAUAUAUCUAACAAUAGUAUUCUAAAUUUUUUUGAUAAUAAACAACAAUUUUUUUCGCGAAAGUUACUGUUAAUAUCGAUAAAUUUAUGUCAACGACAUCGUCAUUUUGAUAUAUAACCAGGUUGUAGAAUAUAUAUAUAACGCAAUACUUUUAAAAACAUAUGCCACAUAUAUGUAUGUGCGUACAUAUAUAUAUAUAUAUAUAUAUAUAUAUAUAUAUCGUGCAAUCCAAAUGAAAAAUAUCGCUUUAAAAAGUAUCGUAAAUCUCAAUAGAAUCAUUUUCCACGUAAACUGCCUAAGAAUAGAAAUACCCCAUGUUUUUAAUUAAGACGAAAAAGAAGAUGAAUAUUUUUCUCAUCGUUAAAUUGAGAAAUGUAAUCAUUAAAACAAAAUAAUAUAGAGAAAUGUCCGAAUGAGUGAAUUUAUCAAUUAUGUUGAUCAUUAUGUCGAUACGGAACGAUUGGAAUUAAAAUUGAAAUAAUAUGUUAAUAAAAAUGGAAGGUAUAGGCGCAAAUGACACAAAAACAAAAAUAAAAAAAAAGAAGAAAACCCUCAUCAUAAUUUGAUCGUUCUUUUGAAAUUUCUUUAUGCGUGCCAAAAAUAGUUACGUGACAAAAUAAAAAAAAAAGAAUAGAAAAAAGAGAGCAAUUAUUGACUUCCAACAACUUAUUUCGAAAAAAAGAAACGAUUAUUAUUUUCUUACCGAUCGCGAGUUAAUUGUAGUUUCUUAUUUGUAUUCUUUUACAGAAGCUUCGUUUCAAUUUUGAACAUUAAUUAUUUAGAAUUGAUUUCAAAGGACCGACUUUAUUAUGAUCAAACGAAAAAUCACUACGGUUCUAAGCAAGAAUAUAUAUUGUACAUACAUACAUAUGUGCAUAUGUAGGUACAAUACUUCACCAGAGGUGUUAUUAUAUUUUAUAUGUAUAUGAAUGCUGUGUAACUUUUUUUAUUAUAUAUUUAUCGAGGUUGUAUUAUGGCGCAAAGAAUGCUCGUAACCAAGAUAUUGUAACGGAUGUAAAAUGUAUAGUUUCACAUAUCUCGUUGUUUCUUUUAAACUAACUUUAAAUAUAUUACGCUGUGAAACAGUGGUGUGCCAUUGUUUAAAUUGUUGCGGAGUAUGUGUUUGAUAUGAAGAGAAAUGAAAUAUAAUUGUGGAAAUUAUAAUUUUGUGUACGAGGUGUGCCUUAAGUAAUUAUAUAUAUUAUUAUAUUAUAUAUAUAUAUAUGUAUGUAUGUGUGUAUGUGUGUAUAUAUGUGUGUAUAUAUAUAUAUAUAUAUAUAUAUAUAUAUACACACCAUACUCUUUCUUAAAACGAACAGGUAGUAUUUUUAUACUAUAACCUCAGCUACGUAUGUUACUUAAAUACAUAUAAUGUAAGACAUUAAUGAGCGAAGACUUCGAAGCAAAUUAAUAUGGAGAAUUUAAACGAUUUUUUAUCUAACUAAAAAGCGUACUUAGCAAAAUAUGAACUUUGAUAGUGUAUAAAACAAUACGAUAAUUAAUGUUAUCUUAGUAUAGAAAACAUUGUUACCGGAUCAGAAAGGUUUUAAAGUAUUGUAAGAUUGUAAAAUACAUUGAUCAAAAACUCGUCUAUA